AUGUCCUCGUUUGUUGCAAGGUCUAUAAAGGAAGUGCACGAUCUUACCGAUAGCAAUCUUCGAGUCUCCGAAGGAUUCAUUAUUGGUCGACAGCUAAAGCAUAUUAUGAUGCAAACCUCUUGUACGCGUAACGUGAUACGGACAGCCUGGGCGGAAGAUGAUCUUCAGUGUGAAACCGCUAUUCGUAUCCUCGAGAGCAUUCCCAGAGAGCCGGGGUAUCCCGCAGUCAAGCUCUCAUCGAUAGUCUCGGCUAGUAUUCAGCAGACGCUCAUGGAUAAGGCGAAGCAUGCUGUUAGUACGGACAAGCGAAGACGAUGCCCGAGUGUUUGCCUCCGCCUGGGUCCAAUAUCGUCUCUGCAAUAG